AUGGCAGAAUCAUUUCCGUCCACCAUUGCAGCAAACAUUUUGACGAAGAUGGAUUUUCUUGCUUUCGCAGAAAUACGCUUGUCGUCGAGGGUUCGAAAAGAAAUAACGAAGGCCAAACAAAUCUUAUGCGAUGUCAAAGACGCAGUAUUGAACGCUGAGGCACAACAGGCACAAAACUGCAAGCUGCAUAUUGGGCUUGAAAAGCUUUCAGAACUGUUGUAUGACGCUGAGGAUGUGUUGGAUGAAUUGAAGUGUGAAGUACUGGCGAAACAGGUAAGCAAACUCAGUGCUAUCAUAUAUUAUGGAAAAAUCAAGGAUAUUAGGAAAAAAUUAGAUGAAAAAGCAGCUGAUAUUAGGUCUAUAGAUGAUGAGAAUAAGCAAGAGGUUAGGCGUGUUUAUUCAGGAGAGAUGGGGAUGAACAAUUCCUUUGUGGGUACUUCCAAAGUUUUUGGGAGAGACGAAGAUAAUGAAAAAAUUGUACGCUUUUUGACGGAACCAAACAGAGAAGAUGUAAGGGUAUCUGUAAUUCCUAUAGUUAGAACUGCUGGUAUGGGAAAAACCACUCUUGCAACUCUGGUGUAUUGCAACAAAAGGGUAGACGAAACCUUUGAUUUAAAAAUGUGGGUACGUGUACCUGAAAACUUUGAUAUAAUUAGAUUGAUGAAAGAAACUUAUACUUCUGCAACGGGUCAAAAUCCUGCUGAAUUAUCCGUCCAUGAAUUAGAAGACCGUUUGCUAGAGGCAUUGGUUAGUAAGAAAUAUUUGCUCGUCUUAGAUAAUGUGCUGAAUGAAAAUAAAAAGAAAUGGGUCAAAUUCAAAAAAUUAUUGAUGCAGGAAGCCAAUGGGAGUAAAAUUGUAGUUACUACUCGUAGUGACCAAGUUGCAUCAAUAACGGGCACCGUUCCAGUUUGUAAACUAGGCACCCUUCACGAUGGAGAAGAGGAAAGAAAUCUAGACCUCGAUGAAAUUGCUGACAAAUUUGUGACAAAAUGUCGUGGCAUUCCCAUAUCACUAAGAAUUUUAGGAACCCUACAUUAUGGAAACAUAAAUAAGCAUGAUUGGUUGCUAAUUCAUAGAUCACGACAUAUGGAAGUCAGUACAAGAGGGAAAUAG